AUGGACUACGUGAAGAACACAUACCAUGUGUUCACCAGAAACCGGGGCCAGAAGGCCCGCGCUCCCCACCCGUCCUCACCGGCGCUCUCCGAGUGCUCCGAUACUCCUCACUCCAGCGCAGACUCUGUCAAACCCAACGCCCACGACUUACCAGGAGUACCCCGGAAUGCACCAUACUCUCAAGAUCUCGAAGCUACGAAACGCGCAUUAGAGAAGAAGGACAGAACUCUCCUGAGAGCCCAAUCGAAGCUUCAAGACCUACAAUCGCGAUACGACGAGAUGGAGCUGGAACUGCAGGAGGCGUCAUCCAAGGUGGCGAAGCUGAAGGCGCGCUCCAGGGAUGCGGAGAGGGAGAGGGACCGCACCCUCCGCGCAGCCAAGGACAACGCCCGACAUUUCGAACGAGCCCAGCGGGAGAUGCAGAACAGGACCGUCCAGCUGGAGAGCCAAUACCGCGACGCUCUCGCCCGCACCGGGGAAUCCGAGCGCGCGCUCGCAGCCCAGCGAGACCGUACGACCGCGAUGGAAGCCCUCCUCGACACACGCACCACCGAGCUCCAUGCCGCACAAUCGUUCCUCGACAGGGCGGACGACGUCGCCGACAGCGAGGUCCUUCGCCUCAUCACCACGCUCAACGCUCGCAUAUACCAGACCGCCGCUUCCAUCUCCGACGCGUACCACGCCCGCUGCGGGAUGGAGAAGGACGACACCACGGACGCGUACGAGGAGGUGUUGCGGAGCGGCAUGCUCUCAGAGACCGUCGUCGAGGCGAUGCGCGUGGCCAGCCACGGCGGCGACUCCAUCCUUCUGCAAACGGGGGUCGAGACCAUCCUGGCGACCGCGGCGCAUAUGCUCUGCUCGUUCUGGGUAGAGCCGGGCGACAGCCAGCAGGAGUGCAUCCACGAGCAGGUAUACAGGAGCAUGAAGGCGCGGGAACCACAGCCCGUCGCCGGACGAUGGCGCACGCUCUACCGCUCCCACCUCCGAUCCUUCUGCAAAACCGAGGACGAGUUCUGCCGGUGGACGCGGAGAUGGCUCGCCGACUUGAUCGCGCCCGUCCUGUGCGUCUGCGGCGUCCCAGACACCGUCGACGAUCUCCGCAGGGAGCUUCGUCGCGCGCAUGCCGGCGGCUUUGACGACAUCGCACGGAACGCGCUCGAGUUCCGUCGGGUGGUGGGUGAGACAGUGGUCUCGCGCGACUUCUCGGUGAUCACGGCUUCCAUCGGCGAGGCCUUUGACGAUGGGCGGAUGGAGGAUGAAUGGCCGGAGCCGAGGCAGAGCCAGAAGCGAAAGGUGGAGAUCCCAACUGUGCUCUGCACCACGGCUCUAGGGUUGCUGCGCGAGGAGACCGGCGGCGGCAAAAGUAGUGGACGCGUGGCAUUGUUGGUGAGGCCGAAGGUGGUGUUGAGCUCGUUGCUCACAAGCUUGUAG